AUGAAUCUCCCUUCUCAGAAGACAAGUCAAAAUGGGCAAAUCAUCUUUGGUGAAGACUCCCAGAUCACUAUCACCGGUAUCUCACAAGGCGUGAGGAUCAACAGUCAAACAAGGGUGGCAAUAAUUGAGCAAAAGACCAGAAAUUUAUCAUGGAAAACCAUCUGGAACUACAACAGGGGCAUCAUUGCAACCAAAGUCACACAACAGAAUGCCUGCUACAUUUCUGUCAUGAACAGAAAUGAGAUCCCCAGUUUUGAAAAUCUGGCCCGCCUGGCUGCAGAGAGGAGGAACCAGAUCAGUUUUGCAAGACCCAGCAGGAGGAUCACCUUUGUCACCAACGGACUGGUCAACAACCUCAGCUCCUACGGCAUGGACAUCAUGGCCAUGUGCAGUGGAGUCAUCACCUACAGGGCUCAGGAGGUUCACGUGCAGGCGGCUCCCGAGCUGCUGCCCAAAGCCAAGCCUGGUGCCCUUCUUCCCUGGCUUCUGCUCUUUGCAGAGGUUCCUGCUUGA